GUCACGCGUACGACGCGGGGAUUGCCGCCACUUACGUCGUCGAGGUAUCUUCGAGUCAGCGAUCAGGAGCGACACAUUGAUGCGCCGGCGAUCGAUCCACGGACCAAGUGACGAGCCACCGACGAGCCGCCGAGGAAAUCUCCACAGACAACACUCCCUUGGCAAAGUGACGCUCAAGGCGGUCACGGAUUUCUCGCUCCUGUCUAAAUUAAGGAAAUCCUCGGGAUGGAGCUAAGAACGGCGAAACUGUUGCUUUACUCGACGCUGGUGGUGGCGGUGUGCCGGAGCCAGGAGGAUUGGACGGCGCAGUGUUCGUCGUCGUGCAAGUGCCGAUGGAUCUCCGGCAAGAAGACCGCCGAGUGCAUCAGGCAGAAUCUCACGCAGAUACCGAGCAGCCUGUCGCCGGAGAUCCAGAACUUCGACCUCACGGGGAAUCGUAUCACGCACCUGAUGCACGACUCGUUCAGCCGUGUCCACCUGGUCAACCUGCAGAAGCUGGUGCUGCGAAAAUGCGAGAUCGAAUCGAUACACACGGACGCGUUCAACGGGCUGAAGAUCGUGAUCGAGAUCGACCUGUCGGCGAACAACAUACGAACGUUGUACCCGGGCACGUUCGAGGAGACGCAACGGCUGAGGGUGUUGCUGUUGAACGAGAACAAGCUGAAGGUGCUUGAGAACGGUCUGUUCCGCGAUUUGGUCUACCUGCAGAAGGUGAUGCUGUCCAACAACGAGCUGGAGCGGAUCGAGGAGAAGACGUUCCGCAACCUUCCGGGAUUGCGGCUGUUAACGUUGGACGGGAACAACCUGAGCGUGCUGAAGGUGCAGAGCUUCGAGACGUUGCCCAAGCUCGGCAGCCUCGAGCUGCACAACAAUCCGUGGAAUUGCAACUGCCGUCUGAAGCGAUUCCGCGACUGGACCAUCGAACGAAAGCUGUACACGAAGCCGACCACGUGCCAGCAGCCGGCGAUCCUCGCGGGCAAGAUGUGGGACGAGAUCGGUAGCGACGAGUUCGCUUGCAGGCCGGAGAUCUUCACGAUAGGGCCGUCGGUGAGGAUCGAGGCUGGCAAGGGCAACGUCACCUUCUGGUGCAGGGCUGCUGGCAUUCCACGACCGCAGUUGUCGUGGGUGCAUCGAUCGAAGACCCUGAGCAAUCACACGAGACGUCACAACGGCGAGAGCUACGUGCUGAGAUCGAGCCACGAGUGGCUGAACCUCACGAUACCGGACGUUACGCUCUCGGACAAGGGCGAUUACAUUUGCCUGGCGAAAAGUCCGGGCGGCAACACGGAGAAGAACGUGACGCUGACGAUCGCCGGUGACGCUCUAAGCGGCAAGGACAGUAUAAUCAGUUUGCCACUGGCGCUAGGUUUAGGGGUGACCGCUUUGCUGCUUCUGGCGGUGACCGUGUCCCUCUGCGUGUGCUAUUGCCGACGGCGGCGUACGAGGCACGACGAGAAGAGCUUAGAGGCCGCCUCGAUGGAACACCACGGCCUCGGCGAGCAGGAGAAGUCCCUCAUCACGACCAUAAAUCCCGUGGUGAAGCCGCCCAGGCGGUACGAGGCGCCUUCGGUGACGUCGCACGGCACCGAGAUGACGGAGCUGAAUCGCACAUUGCUCGACAACGACUCGGUCUUCGCUGAUGGUAUCGGUGGCGGUGUCGGCAGCGGAGUGAUCGGCGGCGGCGUCGGCGACGACGAGAGGGAAGAACGAGCGACGCCGGAGCUCGAGAGCGGGACAGGCGGCACCCUGUGCCGCGGCGGCGGAGGCGGCGGAAGCUACCGCCAAUAUCCGCCGGAUUUGUUGGCCUUCUCCGGCGGUCGUGGCGCAUCGCCGACCAGCCAGGCGUCCACCGCCCCCGACAACACGCGUCUUCCGAGCCAACACGCGACACCCACCGCCGCCGCCGCCGCGUUUGGCUCUCCCUCGAACCAAUAUCCAGCCGCAUUCAAGACGUUGCCGCACAACCGUAGCGUCACGCCGUACGGGAUCACGAGCAGCUCGACGAUCGCACCGGUGAUGCCGCGGCACGGCUACGUGACGAUACCACGGCGACCGAGGGCGCCCAGCUGGAGCAGCGGCCCACCCACCUCGCCCACCGACGGACUGGAACCGGUUUACGACAACCUCGGACUCAGGACCACCGCGGAUGGCAGUUCGGUGCUCUCGUUGAACAAAAGCCCCGAACUAUUGUCCACGAUGAGGAGCCGGCCACUGCCAGGAACGCCGAACUCGCACUACGGCACCAUACAACGAAGCACGCCCAACAUAUUGACCAGCAGCCCGCUGGACAGAGCCGCGCCGGAAGGUGCGGCCGAAUGGCCGAGCAAACUGGCCGACGAGUCGAUCGAUAACAAUCAUCUUCUCGGGCAGUCUCAACAAUCGCAACCACAGCAGCAACAGCAGCAGCAGCAACAGCAACAGCAACAACAACAACAACAACAACAAUCCGGCGGUAGUAGCAACACGCUAGGGAGAAAAGUACCACCGAGACCGCCCCCGAAACCGAAGAAGAAGUCGACCAACGGCCCUCUGUACGAGGACGAGGGCGAGGACGGCACAGAGGUAUGAUCGACGUACGUCGGUCGACGAAGAUGAGGCCGCGAGGUCGUGGCCGUGCUGAGCAGAAGAGACGCAUGACCGAAGCCACAAUAAACCGGUAGUGCCUUUCACGAAGAUACGACCCCCCCCCCCUUUCCCCCCAUCGACGUGCGAUACUCGGGUUGUCGAUAUAUAUAUGUAUUCGGUUUUGGAGCGCAGUAAGCUCGGCGUAAGACCGACCCGCUGGGGGCUUCCACAUCCGGUGAACGCGAAGAAUCGCCGGGUGAACCGCUGACUCGGCCGCGGAGAAACACCAGCGAAACUUUUCGGACGUGACACACGCAGACACACACACACACACACACAGACACACAUGCCUCUGGCGGUCGUUCUUUCUUUCUUCGUCGUGUUUUUUUUUUUUUUUUUUUCUCUCUGUGUCUCUCUUUAUGCGUUUUUCUCCACUGCAUGCUAAACACGCGAAAUAAAUCGAGGCGCGAUCGACCGAGAAAAAAAUCGACCGUGUCUCUUUCACGAUCGUUUUACGGUUUCAAAGAGAAAUUGUCAGAUUUUUUUUUUUUUUUUUUUGACGAGACGUUUCUUUUUCUUCUUUUCUCGAAAGAAACGAAUCUCGAUCCGACAGGGAACGUUCGUGCUCGCUUUUAGUUUCCCGUGUAACGUGGAAAUUGACGGAGAUGGCGGAUUGCGCCGUUCACGGAAGAUCACAGACAGAGUUCAUGUAAAAUACGACGUAACGAGAUAUUAGUAUUAAGGAUAAUGUCUCCAUCGAGGAGACGUUCGUCUUAUUUAUUGACGUGCUUGUUCCAUGCUUGAAACACGGAUCGCGGAAACGAUGCGUCGUUUUGUACGAUCUAUUUGCGAGAAACGAUCAUGCGAUACCUAUUCAUUUUGAUUCCUUCUGUCAUUUCUUUUUUUUUAUUAUUAUUAUUAUUAUUAUUAUUUAAAUUUUGUACAUCUGCCGACGUGUACUACGCUAUCGAUCAUUUUUAUACGAGUUUACUCUCACUGUCCUUGUUACUGUCUUUUUUUUUCUUUUUUUUUAUUCUGCUACCGUUAGUUUUAAGAUUUUCUCUUUUUUUUAUUUUUCGUUUGUUUUUUAAGUAUAUAUCACGCAUUGGUACUUGACCGUGUCGAGUGGGUGUCUAUUGUAACGAUUGUAAUUAAGUUGUAAAUCGGAGUUAAGAGUAAUUGUACGGGGAGGCCGCGUGGUUUCGCGUGGUUUCGCGCUAUGUAAGAGAAAAACUCUAUUCAAAUAACACGGAGAUGUUAGGAUAAACUGUUUCCAGCGACGUUAACAGGAUCGCGCGUUACGUAAAUUCUUCCUAAAUCUGUAUUCGUUGUUGCUGGCUGAUGUUCCAAUGUCUGAGUGUUGCGAAUCGACAAUUGAUUAAAAAUCGGUCAGCUGAUUUCUCACGAGAGUCUCGCCGCGUUAAUCCUUAAUCAUCCUCUUUGCCUCGUCCACGAGGCACAGCACUGUACGAAGAAAUAUUUUAAUAUUUGCCCGCAAAGGCCAAACCUUCUCCACGAAGAGGGAUCUCUCUGGCGAGUCGCCGAAUCCACGAUUGUAAAAAUAGGAAUCGUCGUACAGUUUGUACAUAUAUAUACAGCGUGUAUUAUACUACUUGAGAAAUAGUUCGUCUGUCUUCUCUGAUCGUUCGACCUGACCGUGCUUUCGCAGAACCGUGCGAGCCGUGGCGAGCGACUUUACACAUUCAUUUGCUGUUCAAAGGGAAUGAGAAUGGCGGCUCGAAUGCGCGAUCAGGGUGAGUUAGGGACUACAACGUGUGUCGUAGAUUUAACAAGAAACACCGAGACGGAGACGUUGCAACGCGUGUUCGAUCGACGCGUAGAUCGAAUUUAAAGAGCUAGAAAAGGACGAAGUUUUAUGCAUCCGAGAAGCAGUCGUUCAUAAUUUCUCUUUUUUUCUGUUCCGUAAAAAGCGAUAACUCGAGCUUCCAUCUUCGAUCACAACUCUCUCCUUUGCGUUUUUUGAAAAAGAUCCUCGGAACGAAAGCCAAAACAACACGAUCGAGAAGCAAAUGUCUCCUUUCGUUUGCUAAUGGCAUCGCAGAUACAGAGAACGCGUCGUUUUGCAGCCACGUUUGUCAUUUGUAAACUGCGCAAGCUCGUUUAAGCUCGUGUUUCGGUACAAGCUUCAUUCGGAGCUCUAACGUUGCAUUCGUUCGAAUGAAACGAUCCUUUUCGACGAUUUUAUAAUAUUUCUAAAAAACAGGCUGCUUCCCUGUUCUUUAUUUCUCCCCGACGAGUCUCCCGAGCACUAAAAAUCGCUUCAGAGCGAUUAAAGGGCUUCGAACGGCUUUAUUUCUUCGUAAAAUAUCCGACAAUUCCGAACUUAAUGAGCAAACGUUCAUUUUCCCUCCGGUGGGUAUUUCCUCCCCCCUCCAAAAACGAUCUUUUAAUUAUUUCGAGCUUCUUGUACCUGCGGGAUAAUUUGAGCCUGUUUGUUAAAAACGCAGAACGUGUCGCGUGAUUGAAGGGAUUUAAACAUUUCCGUUUGCUGGACCAAAUGGAGGAGAAAAAUGUUGAACGACAUUUCAGUUUCAUAUUCUUCCCUUGAAACGGAUUAAUAGUAUUCUUUCGUACGUAUUAAAUAUUCGAAAGAAUCUGCUUAGAUAAAAAGGAGAAGAAAAAGUGUUACGAUUGUAUUCCAUUUACUGCAAGGCAAUGUGAAAAAUUUCGUCAUUUUAUUGAUAUCUUCUAUAAUAUUUUACUAAUAUUUUACUGAGAAAGUAGUCUUACUUUUCUUUUUCUUCUUUUUUUUUUUUACACCUGUGACGCGUCAAUUUUAUGAAACAAAGAUUUAGCGAAAGACGAGAUAUAUCUUCCCCGAGGAUCGCGAUACACCUGAGCAGUAUUACGAAACAACGUCCAACGACGACGAACGCGAUGUCGAUGGGACGGCGCGGAGAAAAUCGCGGCGCGAUCGUGUAACUUCGUUUUCUCUGCAUUUCCGACGAAUUGUACAAAGUCUUCUUAACGUAACAUUCCCGGAAAGAGAACGAAUAAAAAAUAGGUGCCAAUGUACAGUGAUCUCUUAACUAGCUGUUCCGGAAGCAAGAACUCUCACGACGAAUAAUCUCUGAAAAUUGCGCUUUCGCUUGUUGAAUGAUAGAUGUUAAAAUUUACGAGUAGAUUUAAUUGACAAUUAACACGAAUUGAAUCGGAGGAGGAGUAAGAAUCGAAAGAAAACCAACGAUCUUCUUAAUCAAAUCUACUCUGCCGUCAUUCCAACGAGCUUUUCACUUUCCGCAAAUGAAAACAAUGUAAAAUAUCAACAAAAUAUCGAACUCGAUCCUCUGAGAUCGUUUGUAAUCUCUUGCGCUGGAGUGACGUCGAGAAUUUUUCUUUUCAAAAUUGCAAGUAUAUUUAAGUGAAACAAAG